CCCAUGGGCAUCUUCUCCAUCCUGGAAGAGGAGUGCAUGUUCCCCAAGGCAACUGACACCUCUUUCAAGAACAAGCUCUAUGACCAGCACCUGGGCAAGUCCAACAACUUCCAGAAGCCCAAGCCUGCCAAAGGCAAGGCUGAGGCCCACUUCUCCCUGGUGCACUAUGCUGGCACAGUGGACUACAACAUCUCUGGCUGGCUUGAGAAGAACAAGGACCCUCUGAAUGAAACUGUCAUUGGGCUAUACCAGAAAUCAUCUGUGAAGACACUGGCUCUACUCUUUUCUGCCUAUGGUGGAGAAGCAGAUGCUGGUGGUGGUGGCAAGAAGGGUGGUAAGAAGAAGGGUUCUUCUUUCCAGACUGUCUCAGCUCUUUUCCGGGAAAAUCUAAACAAGCUGAUGGCCAACCUGAGAAGCACUCACCCCCACUUUGUACGCUGCAUCAUCCCAAAUGAAACCAAAACACCUGGUGCCAUGGAGCAUGAGCUGGUGCUGCACCAGCUGCGGUGCAAUGGCGUGCUGGAAGGGAUCCGAAUUUGCCGGAAAGGAUUCCCCAGCAGAGUGCUCUAUGCUGACUUCAAACAGAGGUACCGUGUGCUAAAUGCAAGCGCUAUCCCAGAGGGACAGUUCAUAGACAGCAAGAAGGCUUCUGAGAAGCUCCUUGGCUCCAUCGAUGUGGACCACACCCAGUACAGAUUUGGUCAUACCAAGGUGUUCUUCAAAGCUGGGCUACUGGGGCUCCUGGAGGAGAUGAGGGAUGAUAAAUUGGCACAGCUCAUCACUCGCACACAGGCCAGGUGCAGGGGCUUCCUCAUGAGAGUGGAAUUCAAGAAAAUGGUGGAAAGGAGGGAGUCCAUCUUCUGCAUCCAGUACAAUGUCCGGUCCUUCAUGAACGUCAAGCACUGGCCUUGGAUGAAGCUGUUCUUCAAGAUCAAGCCUUUGCUGAAGAGCGCAGAAUCAGAGAAGGAAAUGGCCAAUAUGAAGGAAGAGUUUGAGAAAACCAAGGAAGAGCUUGCAAAGUCUGAAGCAAAGAGGAAGGAGCUGGAGGAGAAAAUGGUGGCUUUGCUGCAGGAAAAAAAUGACCUGCAGCUCCAAGUGCAGGCUGAAGCAGAUAGCUUGGCUGAUGCAGAGGAAAGAUGUGACCAGCUCAUCAAAACCAAAAUCCAACUGGAAGCUAAAAUUAAGGAGGUGACUGAAAGGGCGGAGGAUGAGGAAGAAAUCAAUGCCGAGCUGACAGCCAAGAAAAGGAAAUUAGAGGAUGAAUGCUCAGAGCUGAAGAAAGAUAUUGAUGACCUUGAGCUAACACUGGCCAAAGUUGAGAAAGAAAAGCAUGCCACUGAAAACAAGGUGAAAAAUCUCACUGAGGAAAUGGCAGCCCUAGAUGAAACCAUUGCCAAGCUGACAAAAGAGAAGAAAGCCCUCCAAGAGGCCCACCAGCAGACACUGGAUGACCUGCAGGUAGAAGAGGACAAAGUCAAUACACUGACCAAGGCUAAAACCAAGCUGGAACAGCAAGUGGAUGAUCUUGAAGGGUCCCUGGAGCAGGAGAAGAAACUGCGCAUGGAUGUUGAGAGAGCCAAGAGGAAACUGGAGGGUGACCUGAAGCUGUCCCAUGACAGUAUAAUGGACUUGGAAAAUGAUAAGCAGCAGCUGGAUGAGAAACUGAAGAAGAAAGACUUUGAAAUCAGCCAGAUCCAGAGCAAGAUCGAGGAUGAACAAGCCCUGGGCAUGCAAUUGCAGAAGAAGAUCAAGGAGUUGCAGGCCCGAAUUGAGGAACUGGAGGAGGAAAUUGAGGCCGAGCGGACCUCUCGCGCCAAAGCAGAGAAGCAUCGGGCUGACCUCUCCAGGGAGCUGGAGGAGAUCAGCGAGCGCCUGGAGGAAGCAGGGGGAGCUACGGCAGCUCAGAUCGACAUGAACAAGAAGCGUGAGGCGGAAUUUCAGAAGAUGCGGCGCGACCUCGAAGAGGCCACUCUGCAGCAUGAAGCCACCGCUGCCGCCCUGCGCAAGAAGCACGCGGACAGCACAGCCGAGCUCGGGGAGCAAAUAGACAACCUGCAGCGUGUCAAGCAGAAGCUGGAGAAGGAGAAGAGUGAGCUCAAGAUGGAGAUUGAUGACUUGGCCAGUAACAUGGAGUCUGUCUCCAAAGCCAAGGCAAAUCUAGAGAAGAUGUGCCGCACUCUGGAAGACCAACUGAGUGAGAUUAAGACAAAGGAAGAGCAGGAUCAGCGCACGAUUAAUGACCUCAAUACCCACAGGGCUCGUCUGCAGACAGAAACAGGGGAAUAUUCACGCCAGGUGGAGGAAAAGGAUGCCUUGAUUUCUCAGCUGUCUAGAGGCAAGCAGGGCUUUACCCAACAGAUUGAGGAACUGAAGAGACAUCUAGAUGAAGAAGUAAAGGCAAAGAAUGCUCUGGCCCACGCCUUGCAAUCUGCUCGCCAUGACUGUGACUUGCUCCGGGAGCCAUAUGAAGAGGAGCAGGAAGCCAAGGGGGAGCUGCAGCGUGCCCUGUCCAAGGCCAACAGUGAAGUGGCCCAGUGGAGGACCAAAUAUGAGACGGAUGCCAUUCAGCGCACGGAGGAGCUGGAGGAGGCCAAGAAGAAGCUGGCACAGCGUCUACAGGAUGCAGAAGAACAUGUGGAAGCUGUGAACUCCAAAUGUGCUUCCCUGGAAAAGACAAAGCAGAGGCUGCAGAAUGAAGUGGAGGACCUGAUGAUUGAUGUGGAAAGGUCGAACUCAGCUUGCGCAGCUCUGGACAAGAAGCAGAAGAAUUUCGACAAGAUCCUGUCAGAGUGGAAGCAGAAGUAUGAGGAAACGCAGGCUGAGCUGGAAGCCUCCCAGAAGGAGGCUCGCUCUCUCAGCACGGAGCUGUUCAAGAUGAAGAAUGCCUAUGAGGAGUCCUUGGACCACCUGGAAACCCUGAAGCGCGAGAACAAGAACUUGCAGCAGGAGAUUUCUGACCUCACGGAGCAGAUAGCAGAGAGUGGAAAGGCCAUUCAUGAGCUGGAGAAAGAAAUUGAACAGCUGAAGAGAACCCAUCACCGAGUUGUGGAGUCCAUGCAGAGCACGCUGGAUGCAGAAAUCAGGAGCAGAAAUGAAGCCCUGAGGCUGAAGAAGAAGAUGGAGGGAGACCUCAAUGAAAUGGAGAUCCAGUUAAGCCAUGCCAACCGCCUGGCUGCAGAUGCACAAAAGAACCUGAGAAACACACAGGGAGUUCUGAAGGAUACCCAAAUACACUUGGACGAUGCUGUCAGGACGCAGGAGGACCUGAAGGAGCAGGUGGCCAUGGUGGAGCGCAGAGCAAACCUGUUGCAGGCUGAAGUUGAGGAGCUCCGGGGAGCCCUGGAGCAGACAGAGCGGUCAAGGAAAGUGGCUGAGCAGGAGCUGCUGGAUGCAAGUGAGCGUGUGCAGCUCCUCCAUACCCAG